AUGUCUGUAUCAAAUCCUCUCAACGUCUAUUCUGGCAGGGACUCGCUCCAGAAAUAUUUUGACCCCGACUUUGCGCCGCUGCUGCCACUUGUCGAAAUUCCCGAUUCCUUAAAUCCAUUUCGAGAAGAUGGGGUUCGGAUAUAUGCUAAGAUGAUGACAAUGCUGCCAGCACACAAUGUCAAAUCAUUGCCAGCUAUGAACUUGCUAUCAAGCUGUGUAGACCCGCAGAACACAAAAACGAUCGUGGAAUACAGCUCCGGCUCUACUGUAAUUUCGAUGUCCAUGAUAGGCAAAAUAUUCCACGGCAUUCAUGACUGCAGAGCUUACCUCUCCAAUAAGACUGGAGAUGUGAAGCUCAAGCUGAUGCAAUUCUUUGGACUCAAUAUUACUCUUUUUGCAGGGCCUUCCCAGCCUGAUCCCUAUGAUCAUCGCGGUGGAAUUCAGGUUGCUCGUACUCAGUCACUUGAAGAUGAUACGAUGUGCAAUCCGAAUCAGUACGAGAACGAUGCAAACUGGAGUGCUCACUACAAAUGGACAGGUCCACAGAUCCUCAAACAACUACCGGAUCUCAGCGUUCUGUGUACCGGUGUUGGGACUUCGGGGACGAUGACGGGGAUCGGCACAUAUUUGGGCGAUGAGAAACCUUCUGUGGUUCGGGUUGGGGUGUUCACAGCGGCUGGAGAUCGUGUGCCUGGUCCGCGAUCUUACGCUUUAAUCGAGCCUGUCAAGUUUCCAUGGAGAGCUGCGAUUGAUGCCAUCGAAGAAGUUGGCUCAAAGGACUCCUUCAGUCUGUCCAUGGACCUCUCUCGUGCUGGCUUGAUUUGCGGUCCAUCAUCUGGAUUUAAUUUAAAAGGCUUGUAUCAGUUUUUGUCGAGAAGAAAGGCUGCAGACACUUUACAAGACCUUGCUGGCCCAGCUGGCGACAUCAAGUGCGUCUUCUUAUGCUGUGAUCUUCCCUAUCAGUACAUGAGCGACUACUUCGACAAGUUGGAUAGCUCCUGCUUCCCUCCCAUCACAAACGAGCAUCUGACCCGAGUGGACCUUUAUAACAACUACUAUGAUCUAGAACUCGACCCAAUCUCAGUGAUCCCAGACUUUUAUGAGCUAUCUAUUGCUUCUCACAAAAAAUCCAUCUUGCCAUGGGAAUUGCGCGCCAACCGAACGGUCCUGGAUCUUCGGACAAAAGAAGAGUUUCAGAUGUUUCAUCUUCCAGAAGCUGUCAGCCUUUCAAUUUCCUCGUUGAAGGCCGAUAGUCCAUCUCCAUUCACCGACGCGCGAUUGUUUGAUCAGCAGUGGCGAGAACUCGAAGGCUUAUUUGGCGGCGGGAGUCUUGAAACUUCAUCACUGCUGGCAAAGGAGUUGUCAAGGAAAGAAAGAGUCUUGAUAGUUUGCAAUGAUGGUGAUACUGCUAGAAUUGCUGCAAGUAUUCUCAAGGCGAAAGGUGCAAAGGCAGAAUGCAUAAGAGGUGGACUGAAUGCAGUCAACGAGUGGAUGCAGCAGGGAAUGGGCAGCGAGACCAUCGGAGAAACUACACACGAUUCCAAAAUCCGGGGUUCGCGAGUGGUUACGAACGAAAUUAGGGUGGGCUAGAUCAGAAUUUGGUUCGACUUUUCGUUCCCUGUUGACCGAAAUGAGGUGUAACUGCUUUCAAACAUGCACAAUCUCUGAUGAGGUUGGCGGGAAAGCAGGAGAUCUGGAGGCUAAGCAUCCAGGCUUCUUCCUCAAUGUACAGUUUUCGGCACCCAAUGCUUUCAAAGAUCUUACUUUCCAAAAGGCUACUCUCUUUCUGUUGAUGGCAGACACAAAAAUCACUUUUGACAAUAAAUGGG